AUGGCCCAACAUUUGACAGACGAUAACACUGCUGACCUUUUGAAUUGGAGACUAAAGGUCAGUCAUGGUGCUCAAACUUGGCAUUAUCUUCAAACGGAACAAGAACGCAACGCUUGGCCACAAACCACGUUUGACAAGUACUGGCUGGGUAUCUUACAGGAUGACACUGUCCUUGAUCACCCCACUACAGCCAUUGCAUCAGCUCGCAAUGGCAUGCAAUUUUUUAAAAAACUCCAGACUCCAGAUGGCCACUUUGCUGGCGAGUAUGGUGGUCCCAUGUUCCUGAUCCCUGGGCUGGUGAUUGCCAUGUAUAUCUCAGGUGCAAGCUAUCCUCCCGGAUAUGUCAAAGAACUCAUUCGCUAUUUAAAAAACAAGGCCAACAAAACCGACGGAGGUUGGGGAAUUCAUGUUGAGGGUGUAUCCACUUGUUUUGGAACAUCGCUCAACUACGUUGCCUUGCGUCUUUUGGGUGUGCCUUUGGAUGAUCCUGUUUGUGAAAAAGCUCGACUGACUCUUUGGCGUCUUGGUGGUGCUGUGGGUGUUCCUGCAUGGGGAAAGUUUUGGUUGUCCGUGUUGAAUGUGUAUGAAUGGAGUGGAAACAAUCCGGUUCCACCAGAGCUUUGGAUUCUGCCGUACAUGAUUCCGUUCCAUUCAGGGCGAAUGUGGUGUCAUACUCGAAAUGUUUACUUGCCAAUAGGAUACCUCUAUGGGGUACGCUUCCAAGCCAAGGUUGACGAUCUGAUUCUCAGCUUGCGACAGGAACUCUAUAUCAUUGACUAUGAUCAGAUCAACUGGUCACAACAACGCAAUAAUGUUGCAAAGGUGGACGUUUACUCUCCACACAGCAAGUUUCUAGAUGUUGUCAAUUAUCUAGUAGGGAUCUACGAAUGUCUGCCAAAUGGUAUCUUCAGAUCCAGGGCACUAAAAGAAACACUCUUACAGAUUGACAUGGAGGAUGAAAACACUAAUUUCCUGGAUCUGGGACCAGUCAACAAAGUCAUGAACCUUCUUGUUUCGUUUGUAGUGCAUGGCGCAGAUUCAGACAAUUUUAAAAACCAUCUGGCUCGUAUUCCUGAUUUCAUGUGGAUGUCAAAGGAAGGAAUGAUGAUGAAUGGCACCAACGGAUCGCAACUUUGGGAUACAGCUUUUGCAGUUCAGGCAUUUGCCGAAUCAGGUCUUGCUCAAGAAUUUGAAUUUAGAGAUAUGUUGACUCGUUCAUACGAAUUUCUCGAUGAUAUGCAGAUCAGGCAUAAUAUGAAGGACUAUCAGCGAUGCUACCGCCAUAUUUCCGAGGGUGCUUGGCCAUUUAGUACCCGUGAGCAGAGCUACACCGUGUCUGACUGCACAUCUGAAAGUCUCAAGAGUGUAUUGGCUAUACAUGACCAACUCAGCUACAUCAAACCAACUAUUUCCAAUGAUCGCUUGUUUGAUGCCAUCAAUGUUCUUUUAACCAUGCAGAAUCCGGAUGGAGGCUUUGCCAGCUAUGAGCUUCAGCGUGGACCAGAAUGGUUGGAAGUCUUGAACCCUUCCGAAGUGUUUGGCAAGAUUAUGGUCGAGUACAGUUAUACGGAAUGCACAACUUCUGUUUUACUUGGUCUUUCUUCAUUCCGCAAAAAGUAUCCUGACCACCGUCGUCAAGAGAUUGACGGAACGAUUGAUCGAGCUAUUGGCUUUAUCCGAAAAUCUCAGCGACCAGAUGGAUCAUGGUUUGGAUGCUGGGGAAUCUGCUUUACCUAUGCCAUGUUUUUUGCAAUCGAGUCUCUUUCAAGUGUAGGCGAAACCUAUCAAACAAGUGAUCAUCUUCGACUAGCGUGUAGCUUUUUAAUCGAAAAACAGAUGGAGGAUGGCGGAUGGGGCGAAUCUUACAGAGCAUGUGAGAUUGGCGAAUGGGUGAAUCAUGAAGAAUCUCAGGUGGUGCAAACGUCUUGGGCUGUACUGGCUCUUUUGAGUGCUAAAUACCCUUAUGCUAUUCCUAUCAAGCGAGCUAUUGCUCUGAUUAUGUCGAGACAAUUACCCAAUGGCGAAUGGCCACAAGAAGCCAUUGAAGGUGUUUUUAACAAGAACUGUAUGAUUUCAUACCCAAACUACAAGUUUAUUUUCCCUGUCUGGGCUCUUGGAAGAUAUUCACGUAUGUAUGAAACCCAAAAGGCUAAAUAGCUUGACAUACCAAAUAAAGUCGUAUUUUAGUAUGGAUCU